AUGGAGAAGACGACCAGCCUGAGCCCUAACUGGGCCUUGCAGGGCCUGCUGGGCGACAUCGCCGCAGCCUCCAUCUCGACCAUUCUAGUUUCACCGACGAUAACAAUAAUCGACAGAGCCCUCGUUGAAAAAGCUUCAUACCACAAACCAGUCCUCCAAGGCCUGCGCGCCCACACCAAAGCAGCCCUCAAACACCCAGCAAGCUUCCUCUUCUCGCGCCCCCAUGGCCACGUCUUCGCCCUGUAUGCGGCCACAUACACCGUCGCAAACACCACCGAGACAGUCACAAAGCAGACGCACCCCUCCCUCUCCGACGCAAUCACCUUCGCCUGCACAUUCCUCGUCAACGUCCCGCUGGGCGUGUGGAAGGACAUCCGCUUCGCCCACUUCUUCGGCACCAACCCAGCCAACCCAGCCAAACCCCAUAUCGACACUCUAAAAAGUACAACAAACCCCCUGCCAAUUCCGAAAAAAACGGGCUCCGCAGCAGCAACAGCAACCCUGCUCGUCCGCGACGCAAUCACCAUCUACGGCUCCUUCACCCUGGCGCAGCAGUGCGCAGCCAUAAUCCCCGACUCCCUCGCCUCGCAUCCGUACUCCAAAACCGUCUUCACGCAGCUACUCGUGCCGGUGGUGUCGCAGCUGUUUGCGACCCCGCUGCAUCUGCUCGGGCUGGAUUUGUAUAACCGGCAGUUCCGUGUGCCGGUGAGGGACCGGGUGAAGGUGGUGCUGAGGGAUUUGCCUGUUGCGACGAUGAUUAGGGGCGUGCGUAUUAUUCCGGCGUUUGGGGUUGGGUGUUUGGUGAAUAUGGGCUUGCGGGAGGCUUUUACGAUAUAA